AUGGUUGGUUUUACGCCGUCGUCCCUCACAACAUGCGCCUGUCGUGGUGGGGUCAUGACGCUUCUUCUUCGCACCUCCUCCAUUUCGAGGAGGCUUGAUUUCGUCCCGGUCUCUUAUAGACCAUGCGUAUCAGCUAUCGGACUUUUUGACGGCCCUGCUCGUAGCGAGACAACGAUCACUCGCCCAUCAUGGGCCCAUCAGAUACGGUCCUCGUCCAGCGACGGCAAAAGCAAAGGCGGGGACCCUGAUCCGUACAAGGUCCUUCGCGUGCGUAGAGAUGCGUCCCCUGAGGAAAUCAAGACCGCUUGGCACGCCAUGGUCAAGAAAGUUCACCCUGAUACAUCGAAGAAGGACGUUGAAGUAUAUCACAAGUAUCGAAUCGCUUGGGAGACAAUCGGUAAUCCUGUAUCAAGAGAAAAGCAUGAUAAUGAGGUACGCGAGCGCGAAUGGGCUGCACGAAGAGCACAGGAUGCAGCUGCUUCAAUGACAAGGUCCGCCGAGCCGCAAGAUCAGCCAAAAAAGAAUAACACGGGUAGAUUCAUCAAUCCGGAGGCCCAGGACUGGAUGAAAAAGUACCAGAAAUUGAAGGAGGAGACAGACGCCCAAAAGGAGAAAGACCGGGCGGCCCAAAAAGAGAAAGACCGGGUCGCCCAGAGAGAAAAGGAGAUGGCCGCCCAGAAAAAGAAGGAGAAGGCCGUCCGGAUGGCAAAGGAGCAGAGUGAUCGUGAGGCAGCUCUCAGGGACGAGGCAAAGGCCAAAUCCGCUCAAAAUAAAGCUGCAAACGGCAACGCUGCGGCCCUUGAAAGUGACAGGUCCAAGGAUCAGUCCAAGGAGCCCAAGAGAGAAGCUAAAAAGGAGUUCAACAAGGAAUCGAAGAAGGAGUCCAGGUCGGGAGAGAAGACCAACCAGGAGCAGUGUGACGGGGACAGUAAUGGUGCUGGCGGAGUGACAUUUGCUCGGAAUCCGCCAUCCAAAGUCAACUCAGAGUCUUUAAGGGCUGUCUUCUUCCGCCUCCAACCAGGAACUUCAAUCUCGGAUGUGGUGAAGUCCCUCGCCUCGUCUGCAGUCGGAGCCGUGUCCGAGAUCCACAUAACCCCGUCGGGUUCGGCCAAGCUUGAGUUCUUCACUGCCGACGCUGCUCGAAAGUUUCACAGCCUGAUCAACAGAUCAGAAUUCGCGGUCAACGGCAAAGAGAUCAAGGAAGCCACCAUGCAAGCUUCUGUAAUGCGCCUCCCACAAGGCCCAACGGCAUCCCGGGUCCUGAUGCUCACCGACCCGCGUCGAACGAUGCCCGACUCCGACUUAGUUGAUUUGAUACCCAUUCUCCGCAAGAGAGGCCUCGACUGUUCAUGGGUUUACCCUAAUCGCCUAUCAUGGAGGCGCAUUGAGGUUCACUUCGAUUCAUGGAGGAAGGCUGAAGCAGCCAGUCGGAUUCUCAAGUCUUGUUACCCUGACAUCCAAAUCAGAUACGCCCUUGAUCCGGCAUCGGGCAGUUCUGAACCUCCUCUAUCCCUACCAGAUUUCCUCUUCAUAGGUGAAGGGCUGCCAGACACAAAAGCCUGGAAUUGUAAUGUACUCGUGUGA